CUGGAUGAGAAGUUUUAUAUAAAGCCAGAUCAUUCAGAAUUGAAAAUGUGGCCCUAUUAAUGGAGCAUUUGUCUUUGCUGUUUAUAUAAACAGAGUCAUCAGACAGGAAGAGAGGAAGAGAAAGCUAUGUUCAGGGUGGGUUGAUGACAGCCCCUGGCUCUGCAUUGCUGACGAAAGCUGCUUAGCCCCUCAGUUGCUAUGGCAACCAGGGAGGGCAGCCAGACAAAAAUGAGCCAAAGGGGAGGGGCUUUUGAGGGAGAAAUAGAGGAGAAAGGGCUGGAUGGGAAAGACAGACGGAGGGAGGGAUACGGACAACUGAUAAAGAAACACUGAGAGCAGCGGAGGUAGCGCAAGGCUACACACGGAGAAAAAGGUCUGGAUAUAAAUGCUCCAUCACUGGCUGGGGAAUAAAAUCUGCAGCAGCUGACAGGAGGAUACAAAAACAAAAGGGGGACGCAGAGAGAAGAUGGACGUACAAACGGAGAACAUGGACCCCCCACCUUGUGAAUCGCAGCCAAGUGGAAAAAUCAGAAAAGGAUUCAAGCUGUUUGGCAAACGCAAGCCAGGUAACAUCUUUUCUAUUCGAAGCAAAGGGGAUGGAAACAACAAGUCACCUGUUCACAGGAGCAAAACACUAGAUGGAUUAUCAGAGAGUCCUGCGCCAGAUUCUGAGCAGGAGCCGGACAAGGAAAAGGGACAGGAGGUGAGCGAGGCAGAGAAGGAGCAGGCAGAGGAGGAGCCACUCGGCGAAGAUGGCGUUCUGGCUGCCGCCCCUGCUCGCAACUCCGUUUCUUCAGCCAGCUCAGCCAAGUCUCUCAGCUUCCUGUCACUGCUGAGGGGUGGCAGGAGGGGAGUGGGGGACCGCCGAGUCCACACCGUGUCUCAGCCGGUGGGUCGCCAGCGUCGUGGGCUGAAGGGUCUCUUUGGAAAUGUUAAGUUCAAAUCGAAAGAUAAAGAGGAGAAAGAGGAGCUCCCUCCUAGUCCGCUCCUCAUGUCAUCCCGUGCCAACAGUGUUGAAAUCAUCAAAGAGGACCUCACCCUCACACCCAAAUCCCAGCCUCGCUCUCUGGACAGCCCUGAAACAGAGAGGCGUGAGCACGGCAAGAGCGCAACAACUCUGGACAGUGCAACCCCGUCCCCACCAGAGACCGUAACUUCCCAGGUAACAACAAGCAGUGUGAGUAAAACUCAUGAAAAUGUAGCGCCGUCGCCCACCUCUGAGCCACCACUGGUGCCCGGGGACACCAGCCUGAGCUCGCUGCUUGCGGACAUCUCGUCUCUCCUGACUUUUGACUCCAUCACAGGGGGUGGGGACAUCAUGGCUGAUGUGGAAGCAGAGUGGGGGAAAGCGAGCAGUGCUAUCAGCGCUGUGGUGACUGAGGUAACGCCGACAUCCACAUCUCCCUUCUCCAAACCCACUAUCUCCUCUCCGCUGAGUCCCACAACAGUCAGCACUGCUUCCACAGCAAAACCUUCUCCUGUAGCCGUCCCCACUGCCACUUCACCCCAAACCUUUACUUCACUGUCGAAGGCAACUACAACCUCUUCUCCCAUUUCCAAGCCAAGCACCACCCCCACCACAACUUUCACCAAAUCUUCCACUCUGACAUCUCCCUCAGUCAAACUGAGCUCAGACUCUACUCCAGCCUCUGAGCCUUCUGCCAGCGCUAAAACCAUCACAGCUCCGGCGCCAACUACAACAAAACCCUCAGCGUUUCCUGUAACUUCAACAAACCUUUCAGCUCCAACGUCUUCCUUUUUGAUUACAAGUAAAUCUACAGUGAUGUCCACCUCUACAGCGACCACAGCUCCUCCAAACACCCCAGCCUCUGUAGUAAAGGCUCCCUCAGUUAGUCCAGUUCUUACCUCUACAGCUAGCAAACUGGCUUCACAGACUGUACUGCCUCCUCAAACUACUACUUCUGUAAGUAAACCCAGUCUUGUAGCUACUUCACCCCCCGUCUCUACCAAACCCCCAUCAAUAACCCACAGCCCACCCAUCCCUGUUGCUAUCUCCCAGCCUCCCCCUGCUAAGUCAGAUUCAAUUAGCACUUCCUGCAAACCUUCUCUAAGCUCAGUUACAGUAGACUCUAAACCCCCAGUGACAGUAUCACCAGCCUGCACAGUUACAGCAAAACCAUCUUCUCCUGACCCGGGUAUUCUCUCUAAAACAACAGCUCCCACAUCAGCUGCAACCUCAGCCUCUGCAUCUGGGGCCCUUUUCAAGCCUACACUCACCUCUACCCUCACAGAACAAAAUAAAAGCCCUCCCUCACAUGUAACUGCUCCUGAUAUCUGUCCUCCCACAGCUAAAACCCAACCCAGCCCUGCAUCUAUCACAACUCCAGCUUCAGUUUCUUCAGCUAAGCUUCCUCCUGCGACUAAACCCACCUCUGCCCCAGUCUUGUUAGAUAAGACGCCCCCUAUUCCCACACCAAUUCCAGCACCUGCCACUCACGCAGCAGUUUCUACAGCAUCUACUGCUCUGGGUCAUAUUCCAGUUUCUUUAUCUAAAGAUCAGCCUGCUCCUGCUCAACCGCAAAUUUACCAAUUUAAAACCCCUCCUGCCCCUGUUCAAGUCCCAGUUUCUAUCUCUAAAGAUCAGCCUGCUCCAGCUCAAAAGGAGCCUGCUCAAUCUAAAGCCCCUCCUGCCCCUGUUGAGGUUCCACUUUCUGUCUGUAAAGAUGAGCCUGCUCCAGCUCAGAAGGACGCGCUUCAAUCUAAAACCCCUCCUGCCCCAGCUCAGCCCCCAGUUACUGUCUAUAAAGAUCUGCCCGCUCCAGCUCAAAAAGAAGUCCCUCAAUCCAAACCCCCUCCCGCCCCUGUUCAAAUCCCAGCAUCUGCAUGUAAAGAUCCACCUGCUCCAGCUCAACAGGAGGUUUUUCAAUCGAAACCUCCACCUGCCCUGGCUAAAAUCCCAGUUUCUGUAUCUACUGACUCUCCUGCCCCAAUUUCUGUACCCAAACCGCUUUCUGCUUCUGGUCAGAUUCCAGUUUCUCAACCAAAAGCCCAUCCUGUACCUCCUGGUGCUCCUUGCCCUGUCACUUCUCUUCCCCCUACCCCUAAACCUCAACCAAGUGAAGCUCCAGCCUCUGCUAAGCCUAGUGGAAGUGGACUAGCAACAGUGGAUAGCCAAUUGGCUAGUCCAAAUGGCACGAAUGGGGAGGGUGUGCAGACUGCACCGUGUAAAACCGAAGAACCGCAUAAGGAGUCGCGAACAAGCCUCCAAGAGCCGCCCAGAGAAAAGAGAACACAAGCCAAAGCAUCAGGGCUGAGCAAAAUCCCUGUCGUAGGAGGAAGCAGAGUGGGCAGGCUACCUGUCCGGGACAGCCAGCAACAUGCUGAUGAGGAAUCAAACAGAAAUCCGCCUACACCCGUGCUAGAAGAAGAAAGACCCCAUUUUAACUCACAUGAUGCAGGAAACAAAGAUAAAAUCAGUGCUGCAGAAGCCACCUCAAAACACACCCAGGAGGACAGUCAGCACCCCCAACACCAGAAAGUUCUCACCAGUUCAGCGCGUGACUCAAAGAUCCCCGUGAAGCACGGUGCACAGACUCACACUGCCUCCCAAGUCCCUCAAACUAAAGAACCCCCUCGCACUAAGAUACCCGUGUCCAAGGUUCCUGUCCGCAGAGCUGGUACUAAACCUGCAGCCACAGGUGGCAGCGCCCAGAUGAGGAAAUAAGACAGUGGACUGAAUCAGUCGAGUGCAGAUUACUGCUCUGACUGCAACUUUUUUCCAACAUCACAAUUUUUUAAACUUUGCAUUCUAUACUGUAAAUCCUGGCUGGUCUUUCUGUCAUCUCUUGGCUUCACUACUUCAUAAGCAACAGGAACAGAGUCAAGGAAACUGACAGCACUCAAGCACAAAACAUCCCCGUGGGCAGCUGAAGCGACAAGCCCGGCUCUUCGGUGCUGAGCCACCCUAGACAUGCACUCAGGAAAGGUUCGGGGUCACACCUGAACACAAAGCAGCAUCAGUAACAAAGGAUGAGCGAGAUAAAAGGUCGUCUGGGAACACAGUCUGUCUCUCUCACACACACACACCCUUUCACACAACAUGGGCGAGUGCCUUUUUGAGGGUGCUUUUCCUACAGACUGUCAGAAUUUUUUCAGUCUUUUCUACAGUACUUUUAACUUUUGUUACUCCCACUUUUUGUAGGAACCUUCAAGUCUUUUUUGUCUUUCUUUUCAGCAAGUCUCUUUGAUAAUAACCAAUCCCUUUACCUAUUAUUUAUGCCAGGAGAUGAACCGCAGGAGCUCUAUAGAUAAAUGCAACAACCAAAUUUUACAUUCCACACCUUUCUCUGGAUGUAUGUAGCAGAAAAAAACAUGCCAUGAAGUUUUUGCACAAUAUGUUGAACUGUACAGCGCCCGUGUGUCCGCCUGCUCAUAUGUAACAUACUCAGAUCUCACUGUGAACUAUGGGAGGGGCUGUGGUUUGAAAGAGUGGAAAUUACUCCUCGCAAUGAAAUUGACAGUGGAGAGCAGCCAUUAAAAAUGGCAUUGUGGACAGAAAGGAUGGUGGGAUGAGAUCUCCAGCUCAUGAACUGGCACAUCUUUAUUCCUGUCCCAGUUAUACUCGGAUGAGAACAGCAUCUCUGUGUAGAGACUCAUCUAUGUUGUCCUGUUUCCUAUUUAAUCAAUAAAACAGUAUGAGUACUUAA